AUGUAUCAUGUCGAUCUAGAAGGAAGAAUAUUAUUCGAAAAAAUCAAUUUUAAGGAAGAAAGAAUAGAUCUAAUUGAAAACCCUCUCCUUGGUCCUCUUCUUAGAAGAAAGCCUUAAUUAAUUGAGGAUGAGAUCAUGAGCAAGAGGGCAAACUAACUAGCUGUUUACUAUUUUAACUUGCAUAAAAGAUAUGAUCUAGAUAAUUAUCUUCAAUACAAACCAAUUUCUUUGAUGGAUUGGGUUAGAGCGGUUUAUUAUACCUUUAUGAUGCAAACAGGUCUUGCAGAUCCAUAUAGAAACGAGCAAUAUUUCCCUAAGUUAGACAUCUUCUAUAAUUUUGAGAGAAACAUGAUCAGCUUGAAUUUUGGUAAUCCAGAUACUUCAAAAACAGCAAGAAACCUGCUGGUAUAUCUAAAUUAAUCAUUGAAGACAAUUAUUGAGUGGCUAGAAGCUGAUGAAGAAAAAUGA